CCUUUAAUUGAAUUGAUGAUUUCCGCUGCUGUUCCGUUGAUAUAGGAUUUUCAUAUCUCAUAUGUUUGGAUACAAAGGAGACUGAUCCCACUGCAUGGAGGACCCUUAGAUUUCUCAGAAUCACGGGGUGGGAUUUCUGGCUUGGUGUUUGGGUUUUUCAUUUUGCUAUUCCUGGGGUUUUCGCUGUUCGCACUAGUUAUUUCAUCUUCUUCUCUUCACACUUCACAAAACUAAUCAACAAAAACAAUCUUCUCCUCACAAACCUAAGAAUCAACAAUGACGAUUCUUUUCACUCUAGUACUUUUCUCUCUUAUUCUCAGUCUCACUUUUGCCAUCCAAAAGCCUUAUGUAGUGUACUUGGGAGAACACACACAUGGGCCAGAGCCAACCUCACUUGAACUCAAUCAAGUUACAACUUCCCAUUACAAGAUUCUGAGCUUUGUCGUCGGAAGUGCUGAGAUUGCUAGGGACAAGAUUUUUUACUCAUAUACUCAUUCCAUCAAUGGUUUUGUCGCGGUCCUGGAUGAGGAGGAAGCUGUGCAGUUAGCAAAACGUUUGGAUGUGAUUUCUGUUUUCCCAAACAAGCCGAGGAAACUGCACACAACUCAUUCAUGGGAAUUUUUGAGAUUGAAAAGAGACGGGAUUAUUCCUUCGGAAGCAAUCUGGAAGAAGGCAAGGUUUGGGAAAGACACCAUCAUUGGAAACCUUGAUACCGUCCACUGCUUUGGGCGGCAUGUGUGUAUGAAUCUGACAGUCAUAGGAUCAAUGGCAAAUAGCUUUUGACCAUCCAAUGCUGCUUUCACUAUCAAGUCACCUACUGGAGUCUCGAUAUCGGUUAAACCGGAGACAUUGAUAUUCAAAAAAAUGGGUGAAGAGAAGAAAUUCGUAGUCACAUUCCACCCUAUGAGUAAAGUAGAGUCUAGAGAUUUUGUAUUUGGACAGUUGGUUUGGUCUGACUCCGACGGGAAACAUAAAGUUAUGAGUCCUAUAGUUAUAAGGCACAAGUAGAGGUAAGACAUAUUGAUAGGGCUCGAAACUUUCAUGAUCUAUGUAAGGAUUUGAGCUUUUAAUUUUCUUAAUAAAAGUGUUAGACUUGU